CAGGAAACUCUUGUACCCGAUGGACGAGACUUGGAAUGUCUACAACUUUCGUUGCCAACCUUGGCUAUGUCUGCUGUCUACUAAAUCCCACCCUCUUCUAAAACAUAUCAAGUAUCUACGCAAACCAGCUGCUUGCCAGCAAUUUCUACUCCACUUUAUCCAUUCACCCAACAGUGUGUGGCAAAGAGUUUGACAUCGGCCUGACAACAGCCACGACAGCUUCAACUAUGGAGAAUGCUAAACUGUCCGUAAUGUUGAAUGCACAGCCUUCUACUGAUAUCCAGAGAAAUUCCAUUCAAACAAUCACGCUGAAUGUUGUCAACACUUUGCCUAUUCUAUCUGCUGGUUACUCUUCUGCCCCCAACAUCGUCUUGCAUGGGAAAUCAAAGAAUGUUGGGAAACAUGUGUGCAAGCACUGUGGUAGAGAUUGUUUGAAGCCCAGUGUCCUGGAGAAACACAUCCGCUCGCACACCGGCGAAAGACCAUUUCCAUGUGCAACUUGUGGCAUUUCAUUCAAAACUCAAAGCAAUCUGUACAAACAUCGAAGGACACAAACUCAUGUGAACAACAUCAAACUAAGCUCGGCCCCUAGCAUCGAUCUAAAAGGGCAAGUUGGUGAUCAAGUAGGAGACAAUUUAAUGGACAAUCUGAAACAUAUGACAGAGAAAGGCAUUGCUAUAGACACUGGACAGUCUACUCAACAUACCAGUUCAGACACCAGUUUCUCUUCACAGGAAAAUACUGGUUUAUCCUUCUUUACAAGUGAAGACAUGUCUGCCCAAGCUCUCAACUCUCAAUUGGUUCAUGGAAACUGUGAGAAGACUGGUCAGCUUUCAUCCAAAACAGCAAUUAUUUCACCCACUGUACCAAACCAGAAGAGGAUGCUAAAAAGUCAGAACUCUCCAUCUGGAAAUAGGCAGAUUCAGGUGCAACGACAGUAUGAGACUGGUGUAGAAAAGCAGUGGGAACGCAGUCCAUCUGAGUACAAAUUGAAAAAAUGUGAGAGCACAGACUCUGGGUAUUUGUCACAUUCAGACAGCGCUGAUCUGCAAAUGUUUUCAGGUAGCCCACUUCACAGUCUGAGUGAGUGCAGCCUUGAGUCUGAACAUGCCCUUAGCACUAGCUCACUUCAGGCUUCAAGCGAGGACUGUGACGAAAAAACACUGACUGGGAAGAAAACACUAGAAGAGCAUAUUACCAUGCUGAUUUCUCGAAACCAAGCCUUGGUAGAUGACUCUCACUUAGACAAUGUUCGUCCUCGUAAAACCACUUUAUCCAAACAAGGGAGCAUCGAUCUUCCAAUGCCCUACACCUUUAAAGACUCUUUUCAUUUUGACAUUAAAUCCCUUGAUGUGAACAGGAAGAAGGUUUCUCCGUGUCCUAACAGGUCUACCUUCAAUCCAGGAGAGAAAGGCAAACCUCUCUUUUUUCACUCUGUCCCUACUCAGUUCUCCACUACAAUGGAUAACAUAACCAUGACACGCUGCAACUCAUUGCCAUUUGUGGAAAGCUGUAGGUUAACACCAGAUAAACAAAAUUCUAAAUGCCAGUCCAUCGCAAAGCAACCAUUAGAUGCAAGUUUUGCGAGUCUAUUGCUAACCAGUACUGCUGCGGCCCACACAGUGGACUUUUCCAGGAGCCAUCCACGGGGGCUUGUUAGACAGACCGCUGUUGAUGAGGUACCGGUUAACCCUGCAGCUGAAUGCCAUUUUCCAGAGGUGAUAAAAAGCAAGAAGAAGCACUCGAGUGACCACCCUGCCUCGAAGUGCAAGGGAGCCAGUAAGAGAGGUGGCUCUAAAAAGACAAACAUGUUUUCUCAUGAAAAGUGGCAGAUGUAUGGGGAUGAAACAUUCAAAAAACUUUACCAAAACGUAGAGAAAAAUGAAAGUUCCAGAAAGGUGAAACAAGAAAUUGCAGAAACAACGAGUUUGGUUGUAAGUGAAAAUCUCACCAUUUCAACUUCAAAACACUUGUUUAAGAUUGCCUCAGGGGGUUUUAGGCAGGAACCCUCACUCCGAUAUGAACCACAGUCACCCAAUGGCCAUCAUCCUAAUUCUACAGAUCUCACCCAGGGAAGCAAAACAUUACACUCAGGAAUCAACUACAAACACUCAAUCCAAAAAGAUGUUAAAGUGUGUACCUCAGAAGAGAAACUGGUUGCUUAUCUCUCCUCUUCAAAAACUGAAUUUCCACAACCUCUUCUAAAGGAUCAGAGUGUUAGUGCCAGUUCCAGCUGUGUGGCAGUUGAAUUAAAAGAAGUAGAGUGCAAGUCGCCCUCAAAUACAGAAAAAUGUAUAAUUUCUGAAAAAUUACAUUCAGAAAGAAAGAAAUUUAAAGUGGCUGAGAUCAGAGAUAUACCAUCUGAUAGUAAUGCAAGUUGUUUAGAAACAGAUAGUGGUAAGGACAUUCAAAGGACAUUCUUCAAUAAAUACUCUUUGGACCAAUUGCAGAAAGCAAAGGUACAUUUGGGAGUAGAUGUCAGUGGUAGGACAGGUCUUGACACAUUUGCUAUUGAAGCAAGGGCCUCUCAAGUGUUGAAUGUGGGUAACGUGAAUACACUUUCUUCCAAUAUAAAAUGUAAUGCCCAGGGUUCAACUGUUCAUCUCUCCGGUAAGACCCACAGUUCAGGACAGUUUUCUUAUCAGUUUGUAGAGCCACCGACACCACCAAAUAAAAACAUAUUCUCGCCAAGGUAUGUUAUCAAAUUACAAAGUGAUGGACUGUCGUCUUCUGAUGUAUCUGCUAAACGGGACUGUGGUCAUAGAAUGUCUUUUGAAGAUACAGCAGUGCACUCCCUGGAUUCCGCACACUCAAAACAAUAUUUGAAUUCUGUGUCUGUAUUCUCAGCUCAGACUCAACCAGGGCAAACACUUCCUCCUCCAGAUCCAUUCAAGUUAAACCCUACCACUGAUUUCCUAAAUGCACCUUCUCUAAAUGCAUCACAUAUCUCCAAGAUGUCCUUCGAACAAGGGCCAAACUUGACCCAAUAUGAUGAGAGGCAUACUGGCUACCACAAUGAUUCAGAUGCAGAGAAAAUCACAGAUACACAGCAUAUAUUAGUAGAAAUGACAUCUGCUGUUGCAAAAAACAUUGAGGGAUUGCUGGAAACUUUAGAGGAUCAAUGUCCAGACAAGAUAGCACAGACACAACAUCAACUCAGCUUGUCUGGAUAUGUAAAAACCUCAUCAAAAAUGUAUUCAAAUGAAACACCAAACAUUAAGCCAGAAAUGGAAUCAGGAGGCUGUGAGCAUAAGCCCACCAGGCUGAUUACUGGCCAUUCUCAGGAGCUACAACUACACCUUUUGGAUAAUUCCCACCCUGGUCAGCUCUCCAGGUACCAGCUAGCAAAACCGAUAACCACUCAGGUUCGGGGAAUUGCAGGACAAGCCAUUAAACCCCUAGUGUUGAACUCAAGGAAUAGCAAAGACCUAACAACUGAGACCACUUUUUCAGUUUUAAAUACUGAGCCAAAUCCUACUUGGUGCUGGUUAAACAAAAGUGUUCCUCUCCCUGCAGAGCAGAAAGACAAGUCCUUUUCUGUUUACGCUUCAGUUACAUGCAACACCAUGGACCACAAGAGACCAGGAUCAGCGGUCCUGAUCCCGUUUCAAGAAGGGAGACCUGUUGGCAGCAUGACUCAGUUUAGAAGUGUGUCCUCUCUCUCCAGGGUGUCCCAAAGAGAUAUGGAUGCAUCAAGUGAAGGAAUAUGUGUGGAUCAGAAAACAUGCAAAGCUGGUAUUGUGCUGAAAAAGAUGGAUUUAGACAAUACACAGGUCAUGCCCAUGAGUUCCAGGAAUCAUGUAAUGACUAAAAGCAGGCACCAGAAAAGGUGUAGUGCAUUUCGCCAGUGUAAACGCCCCACGUGUUUGGCAAACAAACACACGGCGGGUGCAUGUCCGUUCUCUUCCGCCUCUCGUCAGAUGAUCAAUGCCAGAUCUGAGCGAGGUGACCACUACAAGAAAAGCGCUUCUUCAGAGUCAGGAAGAUCUUUCUCUAAGCAGACAAUGGCAGUAACGCCGGAGAGUGACUUGGGAGACAUUAAGGCUCCACGCCUCGCUGCAACCGGUGACAGAUCCCAGAGAGAGGAUAACUCCAGCACUGAGAAGGGAUUUGAAAGGGUUGGAGAAGAUCUUUUUUUGAAACCUCCAUCCUCCCUCUCUCCUGAAAUGGGACAAUCAAGGAGACUCAGCUUCAGGAAUACGAUGGAGAUAAAUCUCAGGAUCUGCUUACAUUGGAGAUCAAACAAGUUCACCAACAAAGUCUACAAGACUCUCCUCCUCAGAAAUAUGGACGCAGAGUUCUACAGAGAACAAAAUCCAUAG